AGAGAGGGAGGGAAGAUGGGUGUCGAUCGAGAGAGAAUGAGAGGGAGAAUGAUGAGGUUGAGAGAGAUGAGCUGGGAAGAAUCAAAGAAAAUGUGGAAGAUAGCAGGUCCUGCCAUUCUGACAUCUGUAUUACAAUUCUCAAUUGGGUUUGUGACAGUAGCCUUUGUGGGCCACUUGGGUUAUGUAGAGCUUGCUGCUGUUGCCGUUGUUCAGAAUAUCGUUGAAGGCUUUGCUUUUGGCCUUCUGCUAGGGAUGGGAAGUGCCCUGGAGACGCUAUGCGGUCAAGCUGUUGGCGCCAGACAAAUACACAUGCUUGGUAUUUAUUUGCAAAGAUCAUGGAUCAUAACUGGAUUCACAGCAUUGGCUCUUACACCCAUUUACGUAUUCACGUCGCCUAUCUUAAAGCUCCUCCGUCAGGCCGAUGAAAUAUCGGAAGUUGCAGGCAGGUAUUGCAUAUGGGUGAUCCCGCAAUUGUUCGCUUAUGCAGUGAAUUUCCCAUUACAGAAGUUCUUUCAGUCUCAGACCAGAGUCUGGGUUAUGGCUGGCAUUGCGGCAGCUGCCUUGGCCUUACAUGUUCUGUUGAAUUGGGUUUUGGUGACCAAGCUUGGAUAUGGCUUGGGUGGAGCUGCUAUAGCUGGGAACAUUUCAUGGUGGGUUGUCAAUCUGGCUCAGCUGGUCUAUCUGGUAUCUGGGUAUUUCCCCAAUGCGUGGACCGGCUUUUCCUUGUCUGCAUUUCGAUCAUUGGCUGCCUUUGUUAAUCUAUCACUAGCAUCAGCGAUCAUGUUAUGCUUGGAGUUAUGGUACUAUACUGCAGUGAUCCUUUUAGUGGGUUCCUUGAAAACUAAACCAGAAAUAGCCGUUGAUGCAGUCUCUAUCUGUAUGAACUUGGAGCUGUGGACACUAAUGGUUGCAAUCGGUUUCAAUGCGGCUGUCAGCGUGCGUGUCUCGAAUGAACUAGGGGCUGGCCGUCCAAAAGUGGCAGAGUUUUCAGUAGUAGUGGCUGUUUCUAUGUCGGCAUUGUUUGGAAUUCUCUUCACAGCUGCAGUACUCAUUGCCAGGAACCAUUUCCCAAAGCUGUUCACUGAUAAACCAGAGGUCAUAAGAGAAACAAUCAAGCUCGGGUAUCUUCUGGCGGCCACGAUUUUUCUCAACAGCAUUCAACCUGUUCUACAUGGUGUAGCAAUAGGUGCAGGUUGGCAAUCCUUAGUUGCCUUUGUAAAUGUAGGAUGCUACUAUCUCUUUGGAUUGCCGAUUGGCGCCUUACUUGGAUACAAGUUCAAGCUUGGAGUUCAGGGCAUUUGGUCCGGAAUGCUAGCUGGGACCCUGUUGCAAACAAUCAUCUUGAUGUCGAUCACAUACCGAACUAACUGGCAGAAGGAGGCUUUUCAAGCUGAGGAGCGUCUCCAAACAUGGGGCGGGCAAUCCGAGCCUCAACGAUCUUGAUGGCAAUCACACGAUGUGGAUGGAUUCAUAGAGAACUGAGAAGGAAUGUACGAGGCAGAUAACCUACAAGCAGUGUAAAAUAGAAGAAUGAUACAUGAAUUCUUACUCUUUAGGGAAGAAAAUUUUGGAGCUCAAAAUGCACCUUUACAUGCUGCA